AACUCCAAAAACAACAGAUUCAAACACUUUCAAAAUUCAAAACCCAUUCCCCCUCUCCCUCUUUAUCUCACUUUCUCUCAAACCCUAACUUCGAUCACCGUUAAUUUCAAAUGGCGGCGGCGGUGCCACCAGUCACCGGAACGGAACUCACAAGUCCUCCCACCGACGGCAUAUCCAACCUCCGUUUCUCUCAUCAUUCUGAUCAUCUCCUUGUUUCUUCCUGGGAUAAGCGUGUUCGACUAUAUGAUGCAAGUGCAAAUGUGUUAAGAGGAGAGUUUUUGCAUGGUGGUCCAGUUCUUGAUUGCUGUUUUCAUGAUGAUACCUCUGGUUUUAGUGCCAGUGGUGAUAAUACUGUCAGAAGGCUUGUUUUUGACCACGAAAGGGAGGACAUUUUGGGACGACAUGAUGCACCGGUUCGCUGCAUUGAGUACUCUUAUGCAACUGGACAAGUGAUUAGCGGAAGUUGGGACAAAACUCUCAAAUGUUGGGAUCCAAGGGGUGCAAGUGCACAGGAGCGUGCUCUUGUAGGAACAUAUACUCAACCAGAACGUGUUUACUCAAUAUCACUCGUUGGAAAUCGUGUAGUUGUUGCGACUGCUGGGCGUCAUGUUAAUGUAUAUGAUUUAAGGAAUAUGUCUCAGCCUGAACAACGAAGAGAAUCUUCUUUGAAAUAUCAAACUAGAUGUGUACGCUGUUACCCUAAUGGAACAGGUUAUGCACUUAGUUCUGUGGAGGGUCGUGUUGCUAUGGAAUUUUUUGAUCUUACCGAGGCAGGUCAAUCCAAGAAGUAUGCAUUUAAGUGUCAUAGGAAGUCGGAAGCUGGGAGAGACAUUGUGUAUCCUGUAAAUGCUAUCGCCUUUCACCCAGUGUAUGGGACAUUUGCAACGGGUGGUUGUGAUGGCUUUGUAAAUGUGUGGGAUGGAAAUAACAAGAAGAGGCUAUACCAGUACCCAAAGUACCCGACAACUGUUGCUGCCUUAUCUUUCAGCAGAGAUGGCCGUUUGUUGGCAGUGGCAUCAAGCUACACAUAUGAAGAGGGAGAGAAACCUCAUGAACCAGAUGCCAUAUUUGUGCGUAGUGUGAAUGAGGUUGAAGUGAAGCCGAAGCCUAAAGCCUACCCAAAUCCUGCUUCGUGAGCGGUAAUUGGAGCAUAGGUUUAGUUUGAAAUGUACAAGGACUGUAUUGUAUUUUCUAUAGUAGAAGACCGUUAUUAAGUGCAUUCAAGUCCGCGGUGUUUAUAAAGUUCUACCUGUAUUGUGGUCAUAAUGGUUUGAAUUCUACCACCUCAGGGUGAGAAAUGACUUAAACUCGGUGUGACUUUGCUUCUUUGCUUUCUGGUUUUUGAAACGCUGGUAUUGAUUGAAUUAUAAAUAUUUCUAUCUUUGAAA